GUGACAUAUGCCAUACUGCGAUCAGCCAUUGUAUCAAAUGAAUAAGUGAUCGUAAUUAUUUUGUAACAAACAAUUAUUUGUAUCACCAAAUAUAGUCUUAUUAUAUUUCGUCCAAAAUGUUAAAACCAAAAGCAUUAACUCAAGUAUUGAGCCAGGCAAAUACGGGGGGCGUCGAAAAUACAUUAUUAUUAAAUCAUCAGGGUGCAUUAUUAGCCUAUUCUGGAUACAAUGAUAAAGAUGCAAGGGUUACCGCUGCUAUUGCUAGUAAUGUUUGGUCUGCGUAUGAAAAACAUGGUAGAAAUGUCUUCAAAGAAGACAAGUUACAUUUGAUUUUAGUUGAUUGCUUAAAUGGUAAAAUAGCAGUAACGCAAGUUGCUAACCUGCUUUUAUGUCUAUAUGCCAAAGAAUCUGUAGGUUUUGGUAUUUUAAAAGAGAAAAUAAAUGCAAUUGCUCAAUAUUUGGAAGGACCUUUAAAGCAAGUUGCUAGUUCACAAUAAUAAAAUGUUAUAUAUUCUUCUGUUUUUCUAUACUGAAAAAGAAACAUUUUUAAGCAAAUUUAAAUAAGACCUUGAAAAUUGUAUUUAAAACUAAGAGCCAUCAGAUUUUACUAAAAGAUUGUAUAUAUUGUCAUUAAACAUCUUAAGUAUGUAUUGGGCUUUGCAAAUAUAAGCAUUAAUUUUAAGUCUUGUAUUAUGUAUUGUUACUAAGUGUCUAGAUCUUUAUUAAAAUAUUCUUAAUUAAAUUAUAUUGAAAGUAAGAUUUUCUCCUGAAUCCUCAUAAAUUAACCCUUUCAUCCAUAAUUUUAUGAUAAUAGAAUAUUGUGCAAAAAAGAAAAUAUUGUUUUAAAAAUGUUAUAUAUUAUUUGGUACAACUGUUUAACUUGUAGAUGUACAUUUAGAUUUUUUUAUAACAUUUUUUAUAUUAAAGUGAUAUGCCACACGGUAGGAGAUUUAAGUUAGAUUUGUCCUGCAUAUUUACUAAUGUAGCAUCAUUCUUGAUUUAUGUAAUUUUUUUCUGAUGUUUCAUAUUCAAUAUUAACAAAGAAAGUAUUUUUAAUCCCAACACAAAAAGAGGGGUAUCAUAAGUUGUUAUGUAUAUUUCUGGCUUCGCAGCUCUUAAAAAGAUGAAUCACUUAAUUUAGAAUGUUCUUAAUUGUCAUUAAAGAAAACCAGUUCCAGCCACCAGCCCAAGCUGGUAGUAAACACAAAAUGUAUGUAAUGUCAAGUAAAUCUUACUGUCACGAGUCAAAUAUAAGGUGGCUUUACUUGGCGGUAGGGUUUUGUGCUCGACUGGAUAGAUAUCACUCUCAUCAAAUAUUCUUCUGCCAAACAUAAAUAUUGAUUAGCAAUUGAGCAGUAUGGUUUAAAAGAUGAGUGAGCUAGUACACACAAGGGACGACGUCUUAAUUCCCAAGGUUAGUGGUAGUUCUAACGGUGCCAAUGUAUAUAAGCCACUGUGGUAACCACUUAUCAGGUCAUUUUAUAAAAGUAAUAAAAAUUUAGUCUAAGUGAGAAUCGCAUUCACGAUAUUAUUUUUGCUGGCGAUGGGAUUAUUUUCGACACAAUGUGCAAUACACAUUGUACUUACUUCUUUUAAUGACUUAUUUUAUUCUUGAUUAAAAUAUUAUUGUUUAUAAAGAAAUAUGUGCCUUUGUUUAUCUAUUAAUGAUCCGAUUAUAUAGUUUGUACACUUGCAUGAAAGUUUUAUAGUACCCUGUGGCCAUCAAAUGCCAACAGGUGGCGCGCUAGUCGCAUCGAAUAAUUUAUAGUUAACAAAGAGUCGUCUGACUGAAUCAAGUUUCCGUUUAAAAGUGUUGUGAGGCCAAUUUUUCGAAGUACAAAUGUUGAAUUUGAUCGCACAUUUUUUUAAUUUUUUUUUUCUUCAUUGUAAGCAACUAAUUAUGAAAUAGUGUAAAAAAUUUGUAAGUGUUAUGUGAUUGUAAUUCCAUUAUUAAUACUAAAAUAAGACUUCGCUCACCUUGAUUUUACAAUUUGUGGUAAAUUAACUAACUUGGUAAUUACAACUGAAAUUUAAUACGUAUGCUUAUACAUAUUGGUAAUAUGUUAAUCCACUAUUAUUGUAGUUACUUACGUCCAACUAGUUCUUCAUAGAAACGGUGCCGCUUUAGUUAUAUCCAUCUAUAUAUACGCCUGGGGCGACCAAUUGUCAUCGUCUAUUAACUUUAGAUAUUUUUUUCCUAAGGAUUAUAAUAAAGCAAUAUGGUUUUAAUUUUGAA